CCCUUGAUUAUUUUUCUCCUUCUUUCUUUUCAUGUUGUGAACUAUUCUUUCAUCUUUGUACAAUAAUAAUAUUUCCUCUCUUACUGUACUUUAUAUCUUUACUAACAAAAGUAGCAGCCAACAAAUGACCAUUCAAAUAGACGAUAUUAUAGCCUACGUGUUUGUAACAUGGUAUGUCUUUAUGAUUAUCCUCAGUAUUCUUGGACAAUGUGUCGCACAAUUACGAUAUAACAAGAAACCAAAGCCAAAGUCAUCUAGUUUACCUCUCUCACAAGUACCUGGUGUUUCCAUCCUACGACCGAUGAAAGGAUUGGAUCUUGAAUUAGAAGCGAAUCUAAGGUCUUCCUUUCAACAAGAUUAUCCCAAGUUCGAACUCUUAUUCUCAGUGGCAUCAGCAGACGAUCCUUGUAUUCCAGUGGUUCAACGAUUGAUGAAUGAAUAUACAAAAGUGGAUAGUCGAUUAAUCAUUGGGGAACAAAUAGUGGGCAUCAAUCCAAAAAUUAACAACAUGAUACAAUCUUAUAACAGUGCAAAAUACGAUAUUAUCUGGAUUUUGGAUUCGAAUGUACAUGUGGAUGAAAACACGCUAGGAAGGUCAGUGGAUGAACUACAAAAGCCUGGUAUUGGAUUAGUGCAUCAUCUUCCCAUGGCAACACAACCAGCCAGUUAUGCAGCUCAAGUGGAACAAGUUUUUCUCAAUACCAAUCAUGCCAAGAUGUAUCUCGCCAUCAAUGCUGUAGGGAUUGCAUCAUGUGUGAUGGGUAAAUCCAACUUAUAUCGACGAUCUGAUCUGGACAAGGUGGGAGGACUGGCUAUGUUUGGCAAAUACAUGGCUGAAGAUAAUAUCGUUGGGGAGGCGCUUUGGGCUCAAGGGUUACGCCACGCCAUGUCAGCAGAUAUGGCAUGUCAAGUUUUAGGCAAGAUCUCUCCUAAGGAAUACUGUGGACGACGAGCAAGAUGGGUACGAUUACGGAAAUACAUUGUGACAGCAGCGACGUUGACGGAACCAUUCACGGAAUCCAUUGUAUGUGGAUCUAUGGGUGCAUGGGCCUUACAUCAUCUUUGGCCUACCACGUUUACUUCCAUGACUUAUGUCUUUGUUCUUCAUUGGAUCGCAUGGUGUAUGAACGAUUACUGGCUCUAUCGGACGUUAUUGGAUCAAUCCUCCUCUCCUGUUAUUUAUAGAUCCAAGAAACUGGCUUCUCAAUAUGCCUGGCCUGACUUUUUACGCGCGUGGAUCACUCGGGAAGUGUUGGCUCUACCGUUAUAUCUCUAUGCUAUGGUGGGAACUGAAAUCUCUUGGCGUCAUCAAAGGUAUCGAUGUUUAUCUGAUGGAACGGCUGUCGCUAUUUAGUUUAUUUAGUAUAUUAUUAUUAUUAUUUAUUUAUUUAUCAUCAUCUACUUCUGAAAAGAAGAAAACAUCGUACCAUAAUAAAUCAUUCAUUCAU